CACAUCCCUAUCAGGUCCUCUACACCCAACUCCCUCGCAGCUUUCCCGGGUCGUGCUGAUCUGGGGACGUGAGCAGAAGGCGGCGUUUGCACACGGACUCCGGGAGAGGCAAAACUGAGGACAAGGCGCGGGGGCUGGGGAUGGGAGUAAUCCCCCAGGGUGGGUUCCCGGAACACCCGAGGCCGGAGACGGCAGGAACCUCAGGAAAUUCGGGAAGAGGCAACAGCGCGUUAAGGACGCCGUGUACUGCAGAGCAACCCCUCCCAAGCUACGGGUCACCAAAAGGGCGGCGACCGCGGUGCGCACGGAGUCACACUCUCUCCGGAACCUGUGCCCCCGUCCCGCCCGCUGCGCUCGGCCCAGCCAAGGACGCGGGCGCCUCGGACUCAGCGGGGCGGGUGCAAGGGCCGGGGCGGAGCCUUUGCGCCCGGGCCGCCGCCUCUGACUAUAAAGGGAGCUGGCGGGUCUCAGGCUGCGACACGCCUCCCACAGCCCGAGUGCUUCUUCGCGUGUUGCUUUGGAUCUCCGACCUCACCUCAUCUCGCGAUGGACCCCAACUGCUCCUGCGCCCCUGGUGGUUCCUGCACCUGUGCCGGCUCCUGCAAAUGCAAAGAAUGCAAAUGCACCUCCUGCAAGAAGAAAAGGGGAAAGAGGCCCAGAGUACACAGCAGCCAGUCAAGUACAGAUCAGAAACUGAGGACUUCUCUCAGUUAAAUGUAUGGCUCCAGGCUGCUGUUCCUGCUGCCCUGCAGGCUGUGCGAACUGUGCCCAGGGCUGCGUGUGCAAAGGGGCAUCGGACAAGUGCAGCUGCUGCCCCUGAUGGGGGCCAGCCCUGCUCCCAGAUGUAAAUAGAACCAUGUGUACAAGCCUGAAUUUUUUUUUCCAUACCCUCUUGACCAUUUGCUACAUUCCUUUUUCUAUGAUACAUGUGAAUGACAAUAAAAGUUGUUGACCUGA